AAAAAAAAUCUAAGGAAAGUCUUUAUUUUUUUAUUAUAUUGUAGUGAGUAAAAUGUCAAAGAAUAAAUUUCACGAGUCUUCCUUUGCGGAUGCAAAAAUAAUAGAAGUGAAAUCAAAGUUUGAUGCUGAGUUUAGACGAUUCGGUCUCAGGCGUCAUGAAGAGCCGCCAAAAUUUGAUAAAUUUUAUACGCUUAUUAAGGAAUUGCAUGGAUUAAAUAAUAUACGCUUUGUAAUCCGUUAUAUUGAUCCACGGGAUCAAGAAUUACUGCCUAUAAACAAUGAUGAUAAUUAUGGACGUGCCCUCAAAACGGCGCAACCCAUCUUACGUGUAAUAGUUCAACGUGAAGAGGAUUUAGAGUAUGGGUGUCCGAAGCCGCGCGGUAAUCAUUUUAAUAUAAUCAGUAUGCUAGGGCAAACUCCUGGCAAGCAAAAAGCCCCUCCAAUUUCAAUGCCGCAUGAUUUUCGUCAAGUAUCAGCAAUUAUUGACGUUGAUAUUAUACCAGAGACACAGCGACGCGUUCGUUUGCUAAAGCAUGGCAGCGACAAGCCUUUGGGAUUUUAUAUAAGGGACGGAACCUCGGUACGCGUAACACCGAAUGGUUUGGAAAAACAACCUGGUAUAUUCAUAUCCCGACUAGUACCAGGGGGUUUGGCUGAAAGCACAGGUUUAUUGGCCGUCAAUGACGAGGUCAUCGAAGUAAACGGCAUCGAAGUAGCUGGAAAAACAUUGGACCAAGUUACUGAUAUGAUGGUAGCCAACAGUUCAAAUUUGAUUAUAACCUUUAAGCCGGCCAAUCAACGCACAUUAACUUCCCCGCGACGUGGUUCUUUUUCGCGUACUAGUCAACUGUCGAGUGGUUCGCAUCAAACCAAUCAUACAAACACAUCCGAUGAACUCGAACAGGAUGAGCAAGACGAAAUCCUAGACUUAACUGGCGUCACUUUGGAUGAUAAUGCCGGCGGAAUGUCAUUAACUCAAACACAACAUCAGCACAAGCAAAGUGUAACUGGUCCAGGCGUGGUUGAAUCACGCGAUGGCGUUCUACACCUUUAAGAAUAAAACUCCGCACACGUAGUGCUACUCUUAUUAUAUAUAUAUUCUAAAACAGAUAGACUUCAAACUGUAUACAAACGAAGUGCCUUACAGACAACCAAUUAACCAACCAAUCAACCAACCAACCAACCAAUGUGAUUAUUGAUAAUUAUUGCAUAACUUAAAAAAAGGUAUCAGUCCUCUUACUGUUACUUAAUUUAAAACUUCUG